CCACCAACACUCCUCACACCACCACCCGCGCCGACCAGAUAAACGCCCGCACCGCCGCCCGGUAUCGCCGCUCGCUGCCUCCUUGCAACAUUUCAUUCGUGUCGUCGACGACUGUCGCAUUCGUAUACAAUUCCCCACCCCGCCGCCCAGGAUGGCGCAACCAGCGCAAGCGCAAGCCCAAGUCCAGCCUUGCAGGUACAAGACUGGCAAGACGCUCGGAGCCGGCUCGUACAGUGUCGUGAAAGAAUGUGUGCAUAUCGAUACGGGAAGAUACUUUGCAGCCAAGGUCAUCAAUAAGCGACUCAUGGCGGGGAGAGAGCAUAUGGUUAGAAACGAGAUUGCCGUGCUGAAGAGGGUGUCGAUGGGACAUCAGAACAUUUUGACACUGGUGGAUUACUUUGAAACCAUGAACAAUUUAUAUCUUGUGACAGAUCUUGCUCUCGGUGGUGAGCUGUUCGAUCGCAUAUGCCGUAAAGGCUCAUACUACGAAUCUGAUGCCGCCGACCUCAUUCGAGCGACCCUUUCCGCUGUGGCCUAUCUGCACGACCAUGGCAUUGUACACCGCGAUCUGAAGCCGGAGAAUUUACUGUUCCGCACACCCGAGGACAAUGCAGACUUGCUCAUCGCGGACUUUGGUCUGUCGAGAAUUAUGGAUGAAGAGCAAUUCCAUGUACUGACCACAACCUGCGGAACCCCGGGAUACAUGGCGCCGGAGAUUUUCAAAAAGAGCGGCCACGGAAAGCCAGUAGAUGUCUGGGCGAUUGGCGUCAUUACAUACUUCUUGCUAUGCGGAUACACACCCUUUGAUCGGGAUAGCAACCUGGAAGAGAUGCAGGCCAUCUUGGUCGCGGACUACAGUUUUACACCUCUCGAAUAUUGGCGUGGCGUUAGCUCAACUGCCAGGCAGUUCAUCAAGCGUUGUCUGACUAUCGAUCCGACCAAACGCAUGACGGCGCACGAGGCACUCUCCCACGAAUGGAUUGCUGGACCAGACAGCGGACGUGGAGAAGAAGAUUUGUUGCCGACUGUCAAGAAGAACUUCAAUGCCAGACGCACUCUUCACAAAGCCAUUGAUACCGUUAGGGCGAUCAAUCAGCUUCGUGCAGGUGGCAUGGGCAUGAUGGAUGGCGCCCUGGCCUUGAACCCGGAUCGUAUGAAGCCAAAGGAUGAGGAUGUAGACAUGCAGGAUGCUGGUCAAGGCGCCGAAGUAAUAGUCGAUCCCCGAGGGAAUGCCAAAGGACAGACGUAUGAGCAGAUUGAAGAGCAACAGCGUAGAACACAGCAGACCAUAGCUGGAUUAUGGCAGAAGAAGGGGCAAGGUCAGAGAGCUGCAUAGAGGUGAAAAGACGUACAUUGUGGCAGUGUAAUGGAGGGGCUGAGUGAGACUUACUGGACGCACCACGUGGGUUGCGAAUAGCCCGAGCCGGGUUUGCCUCGAAGUUGAAGACCACGUGCUGCAGUUCCUGGUGCUGAAUCAGCGUGGCCGCCUUUUGCGAUACCCGCACUUGCGAUUGCAGUUUCCGAAUCGCCGAGAGACUGUGUCUGCAGCUUCAGCCAGCAUAAAGAAGACGAUGAGAACGAUACGACAGAUCCGAGCGGACGGAAGGUGACGUGCAAUGUUCAAGGUCUAAAGUCCGGCACCACUUGGCUACGAAUCAUCAACGGAAUUGCUGCUCUGGUAUGGAGCACUCGCAGUCGCUCUCUGGCUUGAUGGUUCGAUGCCUUGUGCUAUUACACCGACAGCUAACACUGUAGUUUCUCUUUCGUCCCGUAGAUCUUCAUUUAACGGCUGAGACAUGAGAUUUUAUUGCCUUAUCCAUCAGUCAACAUUAUAGCGGCUUCUAGGUGCUGGGGCGCUACCGAAAGGAGCAAUAGGGACUGUGAUGGGAGCCCCGAUGCGGCCAGGUACUAGAGGUUCACCCCCUGGCCGGACUGUCAGCUUGGCUAAUGUCGGCAUGGUGCUGGCAAGGGAGAUGUUUGCGGAGUCUGAAUUUCCGCGUUGCUGUUCGUUGCUUCAGCUAUACAAACACACAUUGUUGACCUCUGUGACCAGAUCACCGGCCUCGCGCGAAUUACUCUGCC